AUGAUCUUCAACCGUGCUCUUGGCCCUUUGGCCGUAUCCGCCUUGGCUGCGGCAGCUCCUAGUCCCAAGCUGGAUCGCCGUGGAACUAUCGCAUCUGAUGAGAUUGUUGGAUUUGCUCAGACUGUUCCAUCUGGCACCACUGGUGAUGUCUAUCUUGCCUACCAGCCUGAUCUGUAUGUGGUGAAUGGUUGCGUUCCAUUCCCCGCUGUGGAUGCUGAUGGAAAUACCAACGCUGGUUUGGCGACGACUGGUGCCUCCGACGGUGACUGCAGCAGCAGCACUGGUCAAAUCUAUGUGCGCGGCGCGACCUCCGGCGAUUACUAUGGGCUAAUGUAUGCGUGGUACAUGCCAAAGGAUGAGCCAUCCUCGGGCCUUGGCCACCGUCAUGACUGGGAGGGUGUUAUCGUUUGGCUGUCUAGCUCUACAGGCACGACGGCUGGUAAUAUCGUCGCAGUUUGCCCUUCUGCUCAUGGUGGCUGGGACUGCUCUACCGACGGGUAUACCCUCGAUGGUACCGCGCCCUUGAUCGACUAUUACAGUAUUUGGCCAGUGGAUCACCAGUGUGGCCUGACGAGCACUGUUGGUGGAACCCAGCCUUUGAUUGCUUGGGAGUCCUUGCCUACUGUGGCCCAGGAUGCUUUGGAUACCACCGAUUUUGGUGAUGCUAUCGUGCCGUUCAUCGAUGCCCACUUCACCACAAACUUGGAAAACGCUACUUUCUAG